GAGUUUAUACAGUCCCUCCCUGGCCGUGACGUCACCCAAACAAACACAGGUGGCGGGCAGGUGAACUUGUGGACCACCCCGCCGAGGACGUGGCGUGAAUAUUACUGACACUGAUUACCCGUGAAGGAGACGAGGAGUGCACGGCAGGUAUGGCUGAGACAUCUAAAGGACAAAAAGCUGCAAUGCUGGAGGAAGAACAGAAGGCAUCUUCUGGCACCUCUCGCAACACCUCUGGGCCUCAGAAUCUCACCCUCAACACUCACAAAGCUGGCAUGCAAGGGCUUGACACAGAGAGGAUCAAUGAAGUCAUUAAGCGUGCGUCUGAGGGUUCACGUUUCUACCAACACAAACAGAAGCACCAACAGCAGCUCAAUGAGAAACUGGAACAGAUGAAGAAGGAGGCAACAUCCUUCACUGAGGAGCAGAUAAGAAGGGCCACAAAGCAGAUGGAUCAGUUGGUGAGGGAGCUCGAGGCAGAGAGGGACCUGAGCCACACCAUUGUGCACGUUGACAUGGACAUGUUCUACGCUGCCGUGGAGAUGCGGGACAACCCAGCGCUGAGAGACAAGCCAAUGGCCGUGGGCAGUACGGGCAUGCUCAGCACCAGCAACUAUGCUGCCCGCAAGUUUGGGGUUCGGGCUGCCAUGCCAGGCUUCAUCGGCAAGAAGCUGUGCCCAGAGCUUAUCAUCGUACCCCCAAACUUUGACAAGUACAAGGCUGUGAGCAAAGUGGUUCGGGAGGUUUUCUCUGAGUACGACCCAGGCUUCAGCCCCAUGUCACUGGACGAGGCAUACCUUGACAUCACAGAGUAUCUCCAAAAAAACUCCUCCCUCUAUAUAGAGGAGGAAGAUGGUGACAACCAUGAGAAGUUGGCUCAGGCAGUGGUGAAUGAAAUGAGACGUAAGAUAGAGGAAAGGACUCAGCUCACAGCAAGUGCAGGUAUUGCCGCCAACACGAGGCUCGCCAAGGUGUGCAGUGACCUCAACAAGCCCAAUGGCCAGUACUACCUGCCGCCAGACAAGGAACGUGUCCUUGAGUUUGUCUCCACUUUGUCCAUCCGUAAGGUUUCUGGUAUUGGUAAUGUGACUGAGCAGCAACUCCAGGCACUGGACAUUACACAGUGCAGCCAACUCAUGGAAAAACGAGGGCUCCUCAGGCUCCUCUUCUCAGAAACCAAUCACUACUACUUCCUCAGCAUAGCUCUGGGUUUGGGCCACUCUACUCUCUCUGCAUGGACUGAAAAAGACAGAAAAUCCAUCAGCACAGAAACCACCUUCAAGGGAACCUCCGACAGAGCAACCCUCUUCAAGCUGACUGCAGAUCUGUGUCACGAGUUAGCAGAUGAGAUGCAGCAGAAAGACAUUGUAGGAAAGGUGUUGACACUCAAGCUGAAAACAACUGACUUUCAAAUCAGAACCCGAGCCCAAACCUUGAGUGAGGCCACUCGCUGCGCUGAGGUGAUGGCUGCUGGCAUCAAACGGCUCCUCCAGCAUGAAAUGAAUGCAGCACCAACAGAUCAGCCUCUCUCCCUAAGACUUCUGGGGGUGCGGAUGUCCUCCUUGACCACCUCCUCUGAAGCUGGUCAAAGACGGCAAGCCACACUCACCCAGAUGUUCUCUCAAUCUGCUCAACCCAAGGCAGCCACUCCUCAGAAUAACCAGGAACCUCGCCAGUCUCAUAAAAGAGCGACUGAGGGAAAUAUUGAGUCCCAGUCAGAAAAUAAUGUUGAUAUCAAUGCAUCAGUGAAAGAGGAAAAGACAAACAAAGAAAAAGGAAAAGUUACUUCACUAGAACAGUUUCUUUCAAAGUCUAAAGCAGCAAAAGCAUCAACAACAAGGACAGAAGUGUACGAGUGUUCAGUGUGUGAGGAGCUUGUAAAUGUGGAGAGUUUGGAGGAGUUCAACAAGCACCUGGACACUUGCCUCGAGAUUCACACGUCCCCAGUACCCAAAAGCUCUCACACAGACCAUGACCAGAGUGAUAACAGAAGUAAACCUGAUAUUGACCACUCAGAUUGUGAAGUAAUUAGUGAUGUUGAAACUCAGAAUGAUGUUUGUCAUCUGGAAAGUCAGAGAAACACCCAAGACCCAUCCACUUCAAGCCUAAAGCAGGUUUUGUUGUGUCCUGUUUGUGAAAAGUGUCAUUUCAGCGAUAUGUUGUCCCUCAAUAACCACAUUGAUGAGUGCCUCAACAAAAGUGCCAUUAGUGAACUCCUGCAGGAAGGCAACAGUCAGCAUCAGGAGGCCCUCACCUCCAGGGUCUCAAAGGCAGAUGCAACCAAGCAGCAGCAACAGACAAGCAGGAAAAGGAAAGGGAAUGCUGAGUCUCAGGCGCACAAGAAGACUAAAGGAGGAUUCAAUACCCUGGAUAGAUAUUUCCGUUCUUGAUGCCAAGGUAUAUGUAUUGCCAUUAUUAUGUUAAUUAUAUUACAUUCAUAUCUUUGUAUACUGAAAAUGAGUUUAACUGAUGGCAAUGUAAAAGCUAAUAUAUACUCAGACACAGUUUGUUCCCUUCAGUUCCCAGUCCAUAUGUGGCAGAAUAUAUCCUGCAGAGUUCUAACCAGCAGGGAUUUUGGUAAGUAGUCAAAUACUUUGUAUCAAGACGUGAUUGAAGUGUAGAUUCUAGAUGUGUUUGUGUGUGUGUGCAUGUGUACGUAGAAAGAUAUAUAAAUAUAGAGAGAGAUAUGCAUAUAUAUUUAUAGGUAUCCCUUGGUUUACAAUUGGGUUACGUUUUUGGAAAAGUGAUUGUGAAGUGAAGCAAUCGUAUUAUGAACUUGAGGGCUAAUGCAAUCAGUAGGGUUGUGUCCCUGAACUUGCAUAUUAAGUGCUCUGUAUUCAAGUCAUUGCCAAAUCGAGUAUGAACACAUUAUCUUUACAUUUGCAUAAAGAAAUACUUGAAAUGACAUGAAUAAAGACUAAAAUAGAAAUUAAAGUCAAAUUACUAUACCUUGUUACUGGUGUGUGUCCGCUGAGGCUAAGGAACAUCAUGGGCUGAUCGCAAGAGCAGGCCAAAUAGAUCGUAAAUAGAGCAAAGACAUUUAACUUUCAACCAUAAAACAGACCAUCGUAAAGCAGGGGAUCCCACAGCCAGUCCUCAAAUAACAGUUUUGUUUGAGGUAUAGUGUUGAUGAGAAAAAAUAAUUGUAAAAUAAAGAUCCAAAAUGAAUAGAAUAAUCAAACUGAAAUACUUCUUACUCUACUAGCUAACCACUUGCUUGUAGUUAUGUUCCAGUUUUCAUUACCAGUUUUAUUCAUUAUCCUAAUUUUACAGUAAGAAACUUGCAUUAUACUACAACCAUUUUUCAAGACUGUGGGUGUUGUCACAUUAGACUAAAGAAUGCAGAAAUUGCCAAAUCUGUAAGGCUUACAUUUUUUACCUAUUAAUAACUUUUAAAUGAAUCUAUACUUUGUGCUAUCUGAUUCUUUAAAAGCCUGUAUGGUUUAUGCAAAUGAUUCGCUUCUUAACGAUAAAAAGUGACUAUAAAUUUGUGAUGGGGGAACCGAGCACUGUCUGCAAACCGAGUAAUAGUUUUGAUUACUCUUCAGAACAGAGUAAACCAAGUACGGAAUGAUUACGUUGCUCCCA